AUGCAAAAUAAUGGAACGAGAUUCGGACGUAACUCCCAUGUUCCAGCGUGUCUCGAAUGUCGAGCUCGUAAAGCUAAGUGUUCAAAAACACAACCGUGUGCACCAUGUGCCCGUAAUAACCGGGACUGUGUAUACUCGUCAAAGGUCAACCGAACCCCUUUGACACGCGAACACCUCACAGCAGUGGAAAGCCGGCUACAGUUGCUUGAAUCGGCACUGGGCAGGCUGUUUCCAAGCGGGGAGUUGGAAGCCAUCACGCGUGCCUUGCUCAUUGAAGAGCUCCCAAUAGAUCAAGUUCCGUUCACGGCCCUAAACAAUCAGGUCUAUGUCUAUGAUCCACUUGAAAGCAGAACCUUCUUCUCCAGAGUCAAUAUCCUGCAUCCAAGACAUCAAAACAGCGGAAAUGGCUCUGAACCACCUCUCGACUGA